AUGGAGGGCCUGGGUCUGAAGCCAGAGCUCCUGGAGAUGCUUUGCCCAGGGUCUGGCUUGGACGCUGAGGGCCCGUUGGUGGCCCGGCCUGGCGGAGCCCCAGCACUGGGCUCUGGCAGACAGUCUAGGGAGACGGACGAGCAGAAGCCCUUGUUGGCCCUGCCCAGGCACACGUCCCGCUGGAUCUCUGCCCCCACCCACUCAGCCUCGGCCCCCUGUCCCUGCCCAGAUGUGGACGAGUGCCAGGUGCACAGUGGCGGCUGCCAUCACAAGUGUGUGAACACGCCAGGCUCUUACCUCUGCGAGUGCAAACCCGGCUUCCGGCUCCACGUGGACGGCAGGACCUGCCUAGCCAUAAACUCCUGCGCCGUGGGCAACGGCGGCUGCCAGCAUGACUGUGUCCAGCUCACGGCGACCCAGCACCGCUGCCAGUGCUGGCCUGAGUUCCAGCUCCAGGAGGACGGCAAGCGCUGUGUCCGGAGACACCCGUGCGCGGACCGCAACGGCGGCUGCAUGCACACGUGCCAGGCACUCCGGGGCCUCGCGCACUGCGAGUGCCACGCGGGCUACCAGCUGGCGGCGGACCGCAAGGCCUGCGAAGAUGUGGAUGAGUGUGCCACAGGGCUGGCCCAGUGUGCCCACAGCUGCCUCAACACUCGCGGGUCCUUCAAGUGUGUGUGCCACACAGGCUAUGAACUGGGAGCUGACGGCCGGCAGUGCUACAGGAUCGAAAUGGAGAUUGUGAACAGCUGUGAGGCCAACAACGGCGGCUGCUCCCACGGCUGCAGCCACAGCAGUACGGGGCCCCUGUGCAGCUGCCCCCGUGGCUACGAGCUGGAUGAGGACCAGAAGACGUGCGUUGACACCGACGACUGUGCCGAUGCGCCGUGCUGCCAGCAGGCUUGCAGUGACAGCCCUGGCGGGUACGAGUGCAGCUGCUACGCCGGCUACCGACUCAGCGCCGACGGCUGCGGGUGUGAAGACGUGGACGAAUGCGCGUCCGGCCGCGGUGGCUGUGAGCACCACUGUGCCAACCUGGCCGGCUCCUUUCGCUGCUCGUGUGAGGCCGGCUUCCAGCUGGAUGAGGACCGCAGGGGCUGCAUCCCCCUGGACACGGCCGAGCUGGACCUGGACGGCCCGCUCCCCCACGUCACAGUGCUGCGGGACGAGCUGCCCCCCACCUUCCAGGACGACUCCGCCGGGGCCGAGGAGGCGGUGGAGGCCCGUGGCGAGCACACGCUGGCCGAGAAGUUCGUCUGCCUGGAUGACUCCUUCGGCCCAGACUGCAGCUUGACCUGUGAUGACUGCAGCAACGGAGGGGCCUGCCUCCCGGGCCUGGACGGCUGCCACUGCCCCGAGGGCUGGACCGGCCUCGUCUGCAACGAGAGUGAGCUCCACCCUCCGCACACCUUCGGGAAGAACUGCAGCUCCUCCUGCAGCUGUCAGAAUGGUGGCACUUGCGACCCCGUGACGGGGACCUGCCGCUGCCCUCCGGGUGUCGGCGGGGCCCACUGCGAGGACGGCUGCCCCAAGGGUUUCUACGGCAAGCAUUGCCGCAAGAAGUGCCACUGCGCCAACCGGGGCCGCUGCCACCGCGUCUACGGGGCCUGCCUCUGCGACCCGGGGCUCUACGGCCGCUUCUGCCACCUGGCCUGCCCGCCGUGGGCCUUCGGGCCUGGCUGCUCGGAGGAGUGCCGGUGCGAGCAGCGGAACACGCAGGCGUGUGACAGGAGGGAUGGCAGCUGUUCCUGCAAGGCGGGCUUCCGGGGGGAGCGAUGCCAGGACACCUGUGAGCCCGGCUUCUUCGGGCCGGGGUGCCGGCAGGCGUGCGCCUGUCCUCCGGGCUCGGCCUGUGACCCCGUCAGUGGCGAGUGUGGGAAGCAGUGUCCUGCCGGCUACCGGGGAAGACACUGUGACCAAGAGUGCCUGGCAGGGACGUUUGGUGUGAACUGCUCAGGCUCCUGCUCCUGUGGGGGUGCCUCUUGUGACAGGGUCACCGGGCGGUGCCUGUGCCCGCCUGGGCGAACCGGGGACGACUGUGGGACAGAUUGUCCAGAGGGCCGCUGGGGGCUCGGCUGCCAGGAGAUCUGCCCAGCGUGUGAGCAUGGUGCUGACUGUGAGCCCGAGACGGGAGCCUGCCGGUGCCGCCCCGGCUAUGCCGGCAGCCGCUGCCAGCACGAGUGCCCCGCGGGCUGGUUCGGGCCUGGCUGCCACACGAGGUGCUCCUGCGCCAACGACGGGCACUGCCACCCGGUGACCGGACGCUGCAGCUGUGCCCCUGGGUGGACCGGCCUCAGCUGCCAGAGAGCCUGUGACAGUGGGCGCUGGGGACCUGACUGCAGCCGCACCUGCAACUGCAGCGCAGGCCACGGGAGCUGCGACGCCGUCAGCGGCCUGUGCGCGUGUGAGGCCGGCUACGCGGGCCCGCAGUGCGAGCAGCGCUGUCCCCAGGGCCACUUUGGGCCGGGCUGUGGGCGGCGGUGCCAGUGUGAGCACGGGGCGGCCUGUGACCAUGUCAGCGGAGCCUGCACCUGCCCGGCCGGCUGGAGGGGGACCUUCUGUGAGCAUGCCUGCCCGGCCGGCUUCUUUGGACUGGACUGCCGCAGUGCCUGUGACUGUGCCCCCGGGGUGGCCUGUGACGCCGUGAGCGGUGCCUGCCUGUGUCCUGCCGGCCGCCGCGGCCCCCGCUGUGCCGAGGCCUGCCCAGCCCUCACCUAUGGGCACAACUGCAGCCAGGCCUGCACCUGCUUCCAUGGGGCCUCCUGUGACCCGGUCCUUGGACAGUGUCGCUGCGGCCCUGGCUGGACAGGCCCCAGCUGCCUGCAGGCCUGCCCCGAGGGCCUGCACGGCGAGAACUGCCAGCUUUCCUGCAUCUGCCAGCACGGGGGCACCUGCGACCCUGUCUCGGGCCGCUGCACCUGCCCAGAGGGCUGGACCGGCCUGGCCUGUGAGAAGGAGUGCCUCCCGGGGCACUUUGGAGCUGGCUGCCAGCACAGCUGCAGAUGCCUCCACGGCGGCCUCUGUGACCGGCACACAGGCCGCUGCCUCUGCCCAGCCGGCUGGACCGGGGACAAGUGUCAGAGCCCCUGCCCUGAGGGCACCUUCGGGGACCACUGUGAGGGGCGCUGUGCCUGCCGGCGAGGAGCCACCUGCCACCCUGUCACCGGAGCCUGCCUCUGCCCCCCAGGAUGGAGGGGUUCGCGGUGUGACAGUGCCUGCCCGCACAGCUGGUUCGGAGAGGCCUGUGCCCAGCGCUGCCAGUGCCCACCAGGUGCCGCCUGUCACCACGUCACUGGGGACUGUCGCUGUCUGCCAGGCUUCACCGGGCCUGGCUGUGAGCAGGCCUGCCCGCCCGGCACCUUCGGGGAGAGCUGCGGGCAGAAAUGCCGAUGCGCCGGCGGGAACCAGGCCUGCCACCCUGCCUCAGGCGCCUGCACGUGCGCUGCCGGCUACCAUGGCCCCGGCUGCCAGCAACGGUGCCCGCCGGGGCGCUUUGGGCUUGGUUGUGAGCAGCCGUGCCGAUGUCUCAACGGGGCCUCCUGUGAUGCUGCCACCGGAGCCUGCCACUGCCCCGCGGGGUUCCUGGGGCCCGACUGCAGCCUCACCUGUCCGCAGGGCCGCUUUGGCCCCAGCUGUGCCCACGUGUGCAGCUGUGGGCAGGGGGCAGCCUGUGACCCCGGAACCGGCACAUGCACCUGUCCCCCGGGGAGGACCGGCGUCCACUGCGAGCACGGCUGUCCUCGGAACCGGUUCGGCGUGAGCUGUGAGCACACGUGCUCCUGCAGGAACGGAGGCCUGUGCCACGCGGCCAACGGCAGCUGCUCCUGCGGCCUGGGCUGGACCGGGCUGCACUGUGAGCUGUCCUGCCCUGCCGGGCGCUACGGUGCUGCCUGCAGCCUGGACUGCGCCUGCCACCACCGCGGCCCCUGCGACCCCGCCACGGGCGCCUGCCGCUGUGGCCCCGGCUUCUACGGCCAGGCCUGCGAGCACUCCUGUCCCCCGGGCUUCCACGGGGCUGGCUGCCAGGGGGUGUGUGAGUGUCAGCACGGAGCCCCCUGCCACCCCGUCAGCGGCCAGUGUCUCUGCCCCGCUGGCUUCCACGGCCAGUUCUGCGAGAGGGGCUGUGAGCCCGGCUCCUUCGGAGAUGGCUGCCGUCAGCGGUGUGACUGCGAGGGUGGGGUGCCCUGUGACCCCAUCACUGGCCACUGCCUCUGCCCCCCGGGACGUACGGGGGCCACUUGUGAGCUCGACUGCACAGGGGGCUUCUUCGGGCCUGGCUGUGUCCUGCGCUGUGACUGCGCGGGUGGGGCUGACUGUGACCCCGUCACCGGGCAGUGCCGCUGUGUGGAUGGCUACACGGGGCCCACGUGCCAGCAAGGUGGCCCCCUCCAGCUCCCCGAGAUCCCGUCCUCAACCCCAAGCCCAGUCCCUCACAGGCCAGCAGCCGGACUCCGCAGCAGGGCAGAGAAGCACUAGCACAGAGGCAGCCCCGCCGAGGCCCGCCUCCCGGGGGCUGUCACGGGGCCCCGGGGCCUUCGGUGAUGACUGAGGAGGGACGCUCAUGGGCCAGGACCCCCGCCCCACCUCGCCUCUGAGGGCUGUGGACAGCCAUGCAGCCACUUGCUCUGCAAGGACCAUCUGGCCUUGAGAACGGAGACCCCACUGGGUCCAGCUCUGCACAGCCCAGGCGAGGGGACAGGCUGGACCGCACUGGCCGUCUGCGCUGGGAGGCUCUGCCCCUCCGGCCACGCUGGGUUGGGACUCGGGCAGAUGUGCGCACAGGUGCAGGCGAGGGGCCCCUGCCUUCCGAGCAAGUUCUUUGGUGCUAGGCCCUGGGACUACUGCAGCUCGCCUGUUUACCGAGAAGUGUCGCCAGCCAAAUUUAUGUGACGGUAUUUAUGUGCAGCUGCACACGCUGCCGCUGCCCUGGGUGCUGGAAGGCGGCCCGUGCCCCGCCCCGCCUCUGGAAGACCUGACUCGGGACUUGGGGGCCCAGAGGGUGUCUGGGAGGGGACUCCGGCACCUCGUGAAGUCCAGGAAGUUAAGAAAGGUGGCCACUCUCUUGA